CACUGCAGCGUGUGCUGUGUGAUACGGAGCCGGAGGAAGUGGAAGCGCAGACUGCGGCGGGGCGGUGCUCCGCUCCGCUGUUCCGCUCAAGAUGGCGCAACGGAGGAGCCUGAUGCACAGCCAGCAGAGCUGGACUGAUGACCUCCCGCUGUGCCACCUGUCUGGCGUGGGGGCAGUCGCCAAUAGCAUCUACGGUCCGGAUGGGAAGAGCACGCAGGGUCACCCCAACGAAGACGGCCACUUCAGGUUCAGGGGGGAGGAUGGCUGUUACCUGUACGGGGUCUUCAACGGCUUCGAAGGCAGCGCUGUGGCCAGUUUUGUGAACCAGCGGCUGCCUGCUGAGCUGCUGCUAGGCCAGCUGACCACCAGCCACUCGGAUGCUGACGUCAGGCGGCUCCUCCUGCAGGCAUUCGACGUCGUGGAGAAAAGCUACUUCGAGACGAUCGACGACGCCUUGGCCGAGAGGGCACACCUGCAGUCGCAGCUGCCAGAGGGGGUGCCCUUGCACCAGUUGUCCCCACAGAAUCAGAAACUGUUGGAGAAGUUGGACAUGCUGAAGCAGGAGGUGUCGGGCGGAGCUACUGCCGUGGUGGCCCUAAUUCUCAACCACAAGCUCUACGUAGCCAACGUAGGUACCAACCGGGCUCUGCUGUGCAGAUCUUCCAGCGACGGUCAGAACCAGGUGAUGGAGAUUGGCCGGGCCCACACCACGGAUAACGAAGACGAGCUCCUCCGACUCUCCCAGCUGGGGCUCGACUCGUCACGUCUGCGCCAGGCUGGGCUAGUUGCUGGCCAGAGCAGCACUCGGAGGAUUGGAGAUUACAGGGUCAAGUUUAACUACACAGAUAUCGAGCUGCUGAGCACAGCUAAGAGCAAACCAAUCAUAGCUGAGCCAGAGAUCCAUGUGCAGUCAUUGGAGGGAGUUAAUGGGUUCCUCCUGCUCAUGUCUGAGGGACUUAUCAAAGCCCUGGAGGCGGCACAUGGCCCUGAACAAGCCAAUCAGGAGAUCGUGGCCAUUGUGGCGGCCGAGCUGGCCCAACAGAACAGCCUGGAGCAGGCGGCUCAGUGUGCAGUGGAGCGGGUACGGCGGCUUCACCACGACGCCUUUGCCAGUGGACGCCAGCGGGGGGCACACUGCUCGCGGCACGAGGACAUGACCCUGCUGGUGCGCACGCUGAACUACGCCCUGCCCGACAGCGCCCUCACCCCCACCCAGGGGGGCCGGAUCUACCCGGUAUCAGUGCCCUACUCCAACAGCCAAAGCACCAGCAAAACCAGUGUUACGCUGUCCCUGGUGAUGCCCUCCCAGGGGACUCUCACGAACGGGACCAACACCGCCUCAACGCUGGACGGAGGCACGCCCACUGGGCAGAGUCCCACAGCCACCCUACAGUCCACCAACACCCACACCCAGAGCUCCAGCUCCAGCUCGGGGGACGGCAGCCUGUUCAGGCAGAGGGGCCGCCAGGCCGCCCAGCCCGACGAGACCGGCCGCGUGCCGCCCUAUGUGGACUUCACCCAGUUCUACAAGCUAUGGGGGGGCGAGCACUGCGAGAGCUAGAAGGGGCUGGCGGGUGG